AUGAACGCCGAGAAAUGCAGCAAUAUGAGAUGCCCUUUGACUGACAAAGAGCUUCAGGAAUUGGCUGAUGCUAUAGAUCUAAAUAACUCUGAUAUAGAUGAAGAACUUCUUAGUCAAGAUGACCUUGAUGGUGAUAACCUUGAAGAGGAUUUGUUGGACGAGCAAGCUUUUGAUGGCCAAGACAAUCCAGAGCCCGAUGAUGGUUUCGAUUCUGAAGAUGACCUGCCACUAGCGAGUUUAAUUCCAUCACAUUCCAAAAAGUGGAUUCGCAAUAAAGUCUUUGUUCCGCCGAACCACACGGAUUCUAUAAAUUACAGCGACCAAGUUGGAAGACGUUCUGAAUAUUUUCAAAAAUAUAUCAGUGAUGACUUCUUUGAAAGUGUUUCUGAACUUACAAAUAUGAGGGAAAGUACAAAAAGGAUGUCGCAAGUCACCAUGAGACAAUUUGUGCGUGGUAAGCCUAACCCAGUAGGCCUCAAAAGCUUCGUAAUGGCAACUCCGACUGGAGUCCCGCUUGAUUUUCACAUCUAUGAAGGUAAGGGCUCAUCGGUGGAAUCGGCGUUAUUAGCAGCCCCAGAAAAAUUGGACGUUGGGGGGAGAAUGGUCCUUAAAUUGGCAGAUACUCUUCCUGUAAGAGCUUCAGUAUUCACAGACAGAUAUUUCACUUCGAUCCCCCUGAUAGAUUUUCUUUCCUUACGUGGCAUUACUUUAGCCGGAACGAUAAUGGCUAACAGAAUUCCUAAAAGUGCUAGUCUUCUACCUGACAACGAACUGAAAAAGAAAGAGAGAGGAAGCUAUGAUCACCUUGUGCGGGACGAUGGCAAAAUAAUACUCAUGAAGUGGUUCGAUAACAAACCUGUAAACUUUGCUUCAUCCUGCAUUGGCGUGGACCCAGAAGGAACUUGUAGUAGGUGGUCUAAGGUUGAGAAAAAGCGUGUUGAUGUCAAACAGCCAGCAGUUGUUAAAAACUACAAUGCUUAUAUGGGUGGAGUAGACCUUCUAGAUCGCAUACUUGGAAAAUAUGCAAUGAAAAAUCGGACAAACAAAUGGACUAUGCGAACUAUUCUUCAUUUUAUCGAUUUCUCAGUAGCAGCAGGCUGGCUGGAAUACCGUGAAAAUGCCAAAGCUGCCGGCUUACGUAGAAAGGAUAUUAUGGAUUAUUUAAAGAAAUUGUUUUUCAACUUUUCACAAAUAGCUGACAUUUUUUUAAUUUGCUUGGACAUUUUUUUUUGUAUGCCUAGAGACCCAAAGUAUCCUUUGUGA